AUGCAUCGAAGUUACGUUCUGCUGCUGGUAGUAGUCGUACUGCUCGCCCUUUGUGGUGGGGUAUCAGCAGGCAUUGACCAGACAAAGUCAUCCCAGUCCGGCAAGGCUGCUCUGGAAGACGACAACGCCAGCCGAUUCUUGCGGAGUCACAAGAACAAGGACGGUGCUGGCGAUGAAGAGCGAAGUUUCGGCAGCGCGCUGAAGAAACUGGUCGGUUUGGAUGGUCUGCCUCUCGAGAAAUGCCAUUAA